AUGGAGUUCGAGGAGCGGGAAUGGGAGUUGGCGAGGUGGAGAUUGGACAUGGAUCGGAGGAAGCAUGAGGCCGAGAGACGCCUCAGAAGUUUCAUUGACCUCGCCGAUGUGGUUGAGAUUAAAGACGAGCAGUCGGAAGGAAACCAGACCGACAGCCAAACCACUGUUGGAAACACCCCGCAGCCACCUCUCCCGGCUCUUGAGACUCCAACACCACUCACUGCAGAUAGCAUGGACGGCGAGCGAUGUAACGUGCUCACUUCCAAGCAGCAGCAUGCGGCUCAUGAAAUUUCGGCAUCCAAAACAAUCCAACAACCUCAGAAGAUGACUUCUCAUCUCCAAGAGGCCUCACAUCCCUUGACUGAUAAUAUCCGAACCUUGAUGUCGGCCACAGUCAACAGCAAUGCUAAUCUCGCUAUACACACCCCAUCGGCAGCAGAAUCACGAAAUCAGGAGAAUAAUAUCAGUCGGUGUGAGCAUCUAGAUUUUGAUGAUCUCUUGCAGUCUAGUUCAGAACCACUAGAGCCCAGAGGCUCGACUCCACCGGUUCGUGCACCCAAACGACGAGCUGUUUCUAUGCAGGAACCUCGGCGGGAAAUUGAAGCCUUGGACAAUUGUCUCAAGAACAAACUGAUUUCCCACUACAAAGACCUCUUGUUGAAACACUUCCAAGAAUCUGGGGAGUUGGGCAGAUGUGAGGACAAGGUGCCAGGUCGGACUCAAGUCGGCCAGGCUGUGAUGGACGUGCGCCGCACGAUCAAAGGACGGAGGUAUGAGAGCUUGUCUGAUGUACAUGAUGAGUUCAGCAGAAAAGUCGAAAGCCGUGUGUUGGACCGCGAUCUACGCCGCUCUGUUCAAGAGGAACUAGGCAAAUUUGUUCAAGCCGGGCAACAUUGGUGGGCACAGUGCACGGCAAUGACAACCCAACAGGAGAGACUGUCCUUUGUGACAUCUGUCGUCCAAGAAAUUGCAAUGGGCCAGUUCGAAGCUGUUUGA